CAUCAACGAGAGAGAGAGAGAGAGAGAGACCAAAUCCUUCGAGAGUUUUGGCGUUUUCCGAUCUGUUAAAGUUGUUUCUCUUCCGCAAACCAAAACAAAAAACAAAAUUCAAAGAAAGUUUUUGGUGAUCCGAGAGAUUCCCCCAAAUUUGUAAAAAUUAGGUUUUUCUUCUUCGCCUCCUCCUCCUCCUCCUUCUCUUAAGCCCUAGCCUACUUCUUUCCUCCUCUUUAUCUUAAUCUGAAUCAUUUCUGUCUGAUUUCAUAAUCUUGGUUUCCCUUUCCCUCCUCCAAUUUUGCAGUUUCUCCAACCUAAUUUUGCAAUUUCGUUGUUUGUGCAUUGAGAGGAGGAUCCUCUUAUUGAUAGUUUUCUUGCUCGCUCUCUUUGUACUAUUAUUAUUAUUAUUAUUAUUAUUUACCUCUCAUAUGGAUUCGCCUCGGGUUUGGAUUCUCCUCUUCUGUGCGAUAGCUCUCUCAUGCUUUACGCCCGGGUUCGCUUCAUCACGGGCCGUUUGCAAUUACGAAUUCGAGCUGUUCCGGUUCGAUUUAGAAGCUAAAUGUCCUCUUUAUCUGUAUCCAACUCCUCCUAUUCAGGUAGAUGGAGACUCACUGGACAGGUUAAUGGCUUUAAACCAUGGAAAUGCUUAUAUAUCAGUACUCUUUUAUGCUUCCUGGUGCCCAUUCUCACGUGCUCUGCGCCCUAAGUUUGACAUGUUGAGUUCCAUGUUUCCUCAAAUACAGCACCUAACGGUGGAGCAUUCUCAAGCACUCCCCUCUGUCUUUUCUAGAUAUGGUAUCCAUAGCUUACCUUCAAUCCUGAUGAUAAAUCAAACUUUAAAAGCUCGGUACCAUGGUCGAAAGGAUCUUACAUCCCUAAUUGAGUUUUAUGAAGAAGCAACAGGUCUCCAACCUGUCCAGUAUGUGGCUGAAGGGGAACCAACAGGCUUAGAUGCCGGCGAUGGUAAUUUGAUCACAUGGUUGCGCAACGGGACAUCUAUCAGAGAAAUCUUCAAACAAGACCCGUUCUUGAUACUAUCUCUGCUGUUUAUCUGUUUACAAAUGGCAAUCCUUGUCUUCCCCAUAGCUGAAUCGCGCAUGAGAGCGUUAUGGGCCUCUUAUGUUCCCAAUCUGAACCUGGAAAGAUUUAGAGAGGUAAGCCAACUGUUCAGCCGUGGUCUUCAUAUGGUCGAUGUGAGGAGGUUAUGGUUGAAACUUAGACUCAUCAAAACGAGGAACUUCCAUGAAAGGGCAAAGAACGCACAAGCCUGGGCUUCAUCACUCGCAUCUGUCUCUCUUGGCCAAACUUCAUCAGACCAAUCCUGAUCCUAAGGGUUAUAAGCAAAGCCCUUUGAAAGAUAUUCUAAUAUCUUGUCAGCGUUGGAAAGAGAUAAGCUUUUAAGUGUGUUCUGGAAAUCUGAAAGUUCCUUUAAUGAAAUGUUAUAUGACUUCUGAGUUUAUUUGUCUGCAUCAAAGCAUGUAAAUCCAGGAACAGCUUUGCUUCUGUUUGUGAAUAUCUUUCUCCCUUUUUUGUUCUAUAAAAUCUGAGAUGUCUGUUUUGGCCUCAUUUCUUUUA